GAAAGAUGGCGGCUCGGGGCGAACCGGAGCGGGACGCCGGGCCGACGUUCUAAGCCUUCACACCGGGAGAGACGCGGGGGAACCACCGGGCCAUCGCACCGUCCGGACCCCCGCUGCUCCGGCUGCACGGCGGUACCGCGUUUACCCGCCUGGUCCUCGGCUAGACCCGCCUAGGGAGUGUGGUUGUAGGAGAAGAGACAGCCGCGGAUCAUGAGAGGGAAGAGAGGCCGGCCGCCCAAAGCCCAGCCGGCCGACGAGGAGCCCUCCCCGGCCGGGACGAGGGGCCUGCGACCCCGGAGGACCCUGAAGCCCCGGCUGCGGGACAGCGGGGACGAGGAGAGCCCCACGCGGGAGCCCAGCAAGCCCAGCCGGAAGAGGCGAGGGGGUCCCGGCGGAGGGUCGACGCGGGGCCGGGGACGAGGCAGAGGCGGCGGCAGAGGAGGACGCGGCGGCCGGGGAGGGAAGCGGAGCGCGGCCGCCUCCAAAGCGGUGGUGUACGACGACCACGAGAGCGACGAGGACGAGGACGAUGCGGUCAGCCUUCGGUCCGAGGAGGAGGAGGUGGUCGUGGAGCCCCCGUCCGAGGAGGACGAGGCCCUGAAAGAGGAGUCCGACUGCCUGGAGGAGGAUGUGCUGGACGAGGAGGAGGAGGUGGUGGAGGAGGAGGAGGAGGUGGAGGAUGAUGCCAGCCACUGCACCGAGAGCAGCUUUCGGAGCCAGAGCACACACGCCAGCACCCCGGGCAAGAAGAAGCUUCGUGCUCCUCGUGCUCGCUCUCCCAUCCUGGAGGAGAAGGAGGUUCCUCCUCUGGAUCUCCCCGAGACCUCGGAGGAUCUCCUGGUGCCGAGCGAGGAGCUGCUCAACGCCACCUCCGUCUACGAGGUGCUGAGGAACUUCAGCACGGUGCUGCGGCUCUCGCCCUUCCGCUUCGAGGACUUCUGCGCGGCCCUGGUCGGCCAGGAGCAGUGCACGUUAAUAGCAGAGACUCACAACUCCCUCCUGAAGGCCAUCCUGCGCGAGGAGGACACCUCCAACACGACCUUCGGCCCCGCUGACCUAAAGGACAGCGUCAACUCCACCCUGUACUUUAUCGACGGCAUGACGUGGCCCGAGGUGCUGCGGGCGUACUGCGAGAGCGACCGGGAGUACCAGCACGUCCUGCCGUACCAGGAGGUGGACGAGUAUCCCUACGGCCCCACGGAGAGCAAGAUCAAGGUGCUGCAGUUCCUGGUGGACCAGUUCCUCACCACCAACAUCGCCCGCGAGGAGCUGAUGUCCGACGGCAGCAUGCUGUACGAUGACCACUGCCGCGUGUGCCACCGCCUGGGCGACCUGCUGUGCUGCGAGACCUGCUCGGCGGUCUACCACCUGGAGUGCGUGAAGCCGCCGCUGAUGGAGGUGCCGGAGGACGAGUGGCAGUGUGAGAUCUGUGUGGCUCACAAGGUGCCCGGGGUCACGGACUGUGUAGCAGAGGCACAGAAGAUCCGGCCCUACAUCCGCCAGGAGCCCAUCGGAUAUGACCGGCACCAGAGGAAAUACUGGUUCUUAAACAGAAGGAUUAUUGUCGAGGAGGACGGGGAGCACAAGACGAAAAAGAUCUGGUACUACAGCACCAAGGCGCAGCUGCAGGAGCUCAUGGAGAGUCUGGACAAGGAGUACUGGGAGGUGGACCUGCAUGCCACGCUGGAGGAGAUGAGGGAGGAGGUGCAGGCUCACAUGGACGUCACAGAGGACCUCACCAACAAAGCCCGUGGAAACAACAAAUCCUACCUCACCGCUGUCAACGAUGUGAUCACAGAGCAUUUGAAGGUCAGGCAGCAGGCGAAGACUCGAGCAGAGGAGGGAAAGCAGGAAACGGAAUCGGGUUCUGUUAAAGCAGCAGAAGAAACUACCGACUUCACCUCGCAGCUAGAGAACAGCGAGCUUAAAGUCCCCGAGUCCAGGGAAGAUGCUGGUUCCCAAGCAGCCUCAGUUCCUCCUCCUGCAGAUGAGAGCUGCAGGUCGGAUCCUAACCCCGACUCAGCCUCCCAGGACUCGGCUGUGCCCAAAACAGAAUCCACCGAGACCAAGGAGGAAACCGAGCCCGGUCAAACCAGGAGCCUGGAAAGUGGAGAUUCUCCUGCAGCGGCAAAGCAAGAGAGGACAGAUGAGAACUUGAAAGCAGAGUUAAACAGCGACAACCCGCUGACACAAACCCAGGUUCAGCCUCAGCAGCAGUCGUCUCAGCCGGAGACGAGCAGCAACCUGCCGGACCUGGCUGAUCGCUCCUCACAGUCGUCUUUCACCAGUCAGGAUGGGGCAGAGGAUUAUAACGAACGGGUCAAAAGUGAAGGAGUGAAGGGAGCAGCCCAGGAAGUGAAUAACCAGAUACCCAGAGGCAGCAAAGAGUCAUCCCCAGUUCGCUCCGACGUUGGCUCUUUGCGACUCAGCUACUUGAAAAGGGACCUGACGGUGAAUCUGAACAGCUUGUUCAAACUGGGUCAGGAGGGUAAAUACAGGGUCUACCACAACCAGUACAGCACCAACGUCCUGGCCCUCAACAAACAUCAGCACCGCGAGGACCACGACAAGAGACGCCACCUGUCGCACAAGUUCAGCCUGACCACCGCCGCCGAGUUCAAGUGGAACGGCUCCAUCUACGGUUCUCGGAGCCUGACGGUCUCCACCCUGCGUCUCACCAUCAUCCAGCUGGAAACCAGCGUGCCCGGACCCUUCAUGCAUCCUAACUGGGCAGCGCACAGGAACAACUGGAACAAAGCAGUGCAGAUGUGCAGCAAGGCCAGGGAAUUUGCUCUGGCCUUGGCCAUACUGGAGUGUGCCAUCAAACCAGUGGUCAUGCUGCCUGUGUGGAAAGAUUCUCUCGGUCACACAAGGCUACAUCGCAUGACCUCCAUUGAGCGGGAGGAGAAAGAGAAGGGGAAGAAGCGAGAGAAGAAACUGGAGGAUGAGGAGACGCUGCAGCAGGCCACCUGGGUGAAGUACACCAUCCCCAUCAAACACCAGGUGUGGAAGCAGAAGGGGGAGGAGUACAGGGUGACUGGUUAUGGUGGCUGGAGCUGGGUCAGUAAGACCCAUGUCCCACGUUUUGUUCCCAAGUUACCAGGGAACACAAACGUAACCUACCGCAAAGAACUGGAGGCAGCUAAACUCAAAGAGAAGGGAAGGAAGGAAAAGGCAGCAUCUUGCAAAAACAACCAGAAGAAGUUGACUGAAACUGAGAAGCAGGAUGCAGCGGAUGAGGACAAGGAGCAAACUUCUCUCAGUGCAUCAGCUCAGAUCACUUCAUCAGAGGAGGACUGCAAACCUCAGAGCUCAAAAGAGGAAGAAACCCUUACUGAGAAGAAGGAGGAGGGGAAAGAAGUGGAGGAGAAGACAGUUGAUGAAAAGAUGGAGGUUGACCCCUGUCCAGCACCUGCUGCUUCAAGUGAUGAGAAAGAUCAAGCUGAAGACAAAGGCCCGUCCUCGUCGUCUGUGGAGCCUGUGAAGGAAGAAGCCGUCAAGAGUGUAGAACAACCCAAGCCGGAGGAGAAGGCUGCAUCGAAGACGUACUACGAUGUCGUGAACGUCAGCGAGGGCUUCCAGCUGCGGACGGCGUACAAGAAGAAGGUAAAGCCGUCGAAACUGGACGGGCUUCUGGAGCGCCGGGUCAAACAGUUCACCCUGGAGGAGAAGCAGAGGCUGGAGCGGGUGAGGCAGGCGGCCAUGCAGUCCAAAGUCCCAGCUACUAAGACUAAUGUAGGGCUGAAGACCGAAGGAUCCACGUUAGACAAACAGCAGCCACCUGUGACCCCGUGUGUGAAAGCAGAGGAGAAGGAGGAGAACUUGCACGUGAAGGACAAUGUGGUGAAAAAGCUUGACUUUGAGCAGGAGGCGAAAACGGACAACGUGGACAUCAAAUCAGAACCAACGGCAACCAACCACAGCAAAGAGACAGAGGUGAGCGCUGUGCAGAGCAUAGAGGUGAAUGGAGGGCCCUUAGCAAACAGUAACAAUUGUAUAUCGGAGGGAAAUAAAGAGAAGACAGAGGUGACGCUAGCGGGAGAGAAUCCUAAAAAACGUGGGUUCGAGGAGAUGGAGAAAAGCAGCGGACAGAGCGUCGCAGAGAGCAUGGAGGUGGAGCAGAACAAGAGCAGUCCGGUGCAGGUGAAUGGAAAAGAUAUGGUCCCUGCCGCUGCUGCAGACUCAACCAGAGUCCAAGAUGAUAUCAAGCCGGUCAAGUCUCUGAUGAAUGGAGGCCUCUCUCAAAAUGACGUGUCUGACUCGUGUCAUCCACCUCCCCUGAAAGUCCCCAAACUGGAGAACCACGUGGCGGAGAAAGGAGACGCUCUGAGUAGGAAAGAGGAUGUGGCGGUGGACAGUGAGGGAACCACACCUGCCAAGCUUUCAUCCUCAAGCACCUCCUGUGUGAAAAGCUCUGACAACUGCAGUGGUAGCGAAGGUUUGAAAACCACAACUGCAGAGUCUCAAAAUGUCCCAACAACCAGCAGCAUCACUAAGCCUGAUGGGACGCCUCAAGCAGCCGGUGGUGCAGUCUCCUCCCUCACCACCACCACCACCUCCACCACCCAGUCCAGCGCCUCUGCACCUGUAGCAGUCGUCCCACAGAGGAGCAAACAUCCAGUCGCUGACACCAGGACGGGCUCGACAGGUUCAGCAGCAGCCAGCUCCAUGACGAUCAGUAAGGAGUACUCCACCAGAGACAGAGUCAGCCUCCUGAGGUUCUCCAAAUGCAAGAAGGCUCGCUCGGGCACCGCGCUGCCGUCCUACCGCAAGUUUGUUACCAAGAGCAGCAAGAAGAGCAUCUUCGUCCUGCCGAACGAUGACCUGAAGAGGCUGGCGAGGAGAGGAGCCAUCAGGGAGGUGCCCAUCUUCAACUACAACGCCAAGCCAGCCCUGGAUAUCUGGCCGUACCCUUCACCGCGACCCACGUUCGGGAUCACAUGGAGGUACCGUCUGCAGACUGUGAGGUCACUGGCAGGGGUCAGCCUGAUGCUGCGGCUGCUGUGGGCCUGUCUGAGGUGGGACGACAUGGGUGUUAGAGCAGCUUCCAAUGCAGGGGUCACUCGGAAAGAAACCUCGGACACGGACGUCACCACGACAGAGAUCAUAAAACGAAGAGACGUGGGGCCGUAUGGCAUCCGCUCGGAAUACUGCAUCAGGAAGAUCAUCUGUCCUCUUGGGAACAGAGACACUCCCAAAGAGACCCCCACUCCACAGAGGAAAGGUCUGCGCUCGAGCGCCUUGAGGCCCAAGAAGCAGCAGCCAGCCAAGCCGACUGGGCCCAUCGCUGUGGAGACGUGGGUAGCCGAAGAGGAAAUGGAGCUGUGGGAGAUCAGGGCCUUUGCAGAGAGGUUAGAGAAGGAGAAGGGUUCAGAUCCCUCCAAGACUGGCAGCAGCCUGAGGACGGCAGAGGAUGUCAAGGCUCAUCUGGAGAACCAGCUGAAACAGGCCAGACUGGCUGCUCAGCAGAAACGUCUGGAGCAGCCGAGACCGGGUACACCUGUUUCCACCACAACAUCCACCCCCCCCUCAGCAAGCUCCCCGGCAUCCACGGGCCUGAGGACAGGUCAGGUCACAUCUGGAACCAAGAUGGUCCUCGCCUCCAAACUGGGCUCAACAGUUUCCUUCCAGCAAGACAAGAAUUUCCACCAGUCGUUCGCUUCCUGGGUCAAGCAGGGUCAGACCAACAACAGCAGCUCAGGUGUAGUCCAACAGAAGGUUCUGGGCAUCUUCCCCUCUGGGCCUCCUGCGAACCUGAGGACCUACAGCACACUACAUCCUACGACCGGCAACAUCAACCUCAGAGCCUCCACCUCCGGCUCAGCUGCUCAGCAACAGGCCAGUACAGCUGCAGGUCAAACCCAGCCUUGCACUGCGAUAGGCCAGCCAACCCCCCUGUCUACCUCUGUGGGCUCCGCGAUGGUCCGAAGUCCAGCGGUGACUCAACAAGGCCAACCUCAGCAGAUGGUGCCGGGUUCGACGCCCGUGCCGACGGCCGCAGCCGCUCAGAGAGCAGCGGCUCCUGCACCAUCACCUCAUGCAGCCGCCACAGCUCCUGGACAGUCGCCUGCAGCUCCCGCCCAGACCAGCAGACCACAGCAGGGCCAAGUCAAACUAACUAUGGCGCAGCUCAUGCAGCUGACACAGAGCGCUCAGGGUGGAAACCCCGGUCUGACGGUGGUGAUCCAGGGUCAGGGCCAGAGCCAGGGUCAGCUGCAGAUCAUCCCCCAGGGUGUGACAGUCAUUCCCGGCCCCGGGCAGCAGCUCAUGCAGGCCGCCAUGCCGAAUGGUCAGGUCCAGCGCUUCCUCUUCACUCCCAUGCCCCCGUCCUCAUCACCCACUACUGCCACCCCCCCUGUACCUCAGACCCCUCAAACCCAAAUGUCGACUCCAGCUCAAGCCAGAACCACUGCACAGGUCCAGACGACUCCCUCAGCCUUAGCCCAAACACAAAUGACAGCUCCUCUACCUACCCCAACACAAAUGCCAGGUGUGGCCCCUGUACCUGCAGCCCAGACCUUUUCAACUGCUUUCCCACAAUCCAUCCCUGCUCAAUCACAGAUAUCUGCUCCUGCCGGGCUCCAAGCUGCAGCUCAGGCCUCCUCACAGGUUUUCUCCUCCACACCAGGCGUCCUCCCCACACAAGCCCAAGUGGCAAGAUCUGGGACUGCACCCCCGCACCCAACCCUGGGUAUGACUCAGAAAGUCUUCACCUCAGCCCCUCAAGUCGCCACCUUUGCCCCAGGCUCGUUCCCAACACAAACCCAAACUUCCAUGACGCUGCCUGUCCCUGGGCAGUUUGCACCUCAGGCCCAGGUCCAGGCCCUCAACACCUCCCCGGGCUUAACCCCGACCCCUGUCCAGAUGCACAUCACUGCCCCUUCCCCUGCUGUUGCCCCCGUCUCAGUCAAGGCUGCCCAAUUUGCAGCCGCUACCAACUCAGCCCAAACACAAGUGUCUGCCUCUCUUCCCUCUGCAGUCCCAGUCCCCACCCCCGCUCUCGCUCCGGUCUCUGCUCCUGUUUUAGCUGGUGUGUCCGGUCAGAUUUCUGUCCCGUCCCCGGCUCUAACACAAACUCAAGUCACGGCUCCAGUUCCCCUCCACGCUGCUAUGGCCGGUGCUGUGGUCACACCGGUCACAGCCACCUCCACCACACCUUCAGUGCCAGCUCUGAUAGAACAGAGGGCAGCUCAGCCCCAGGUUUGGACUCCAGCCGCACCUCAAGGUCAGACUCCUGUUCAGCCGGCUCAGCAGGCGGCAGCUCCCAUUCAGGCCCCUGUCUUCACGCCCCUGCCACAAGCAUCUCUUACUCCCCAGUCUCAAGCACAAGUCCAGCACCCGACAGUUGUGUCCAUGCAGCAGGUUUCUCAAAUGCCAGUCUCAUCUGUGCAGGUUCAAAUGAAGGGAAUACCAGGUUCUUCUGUUGUUACUACAGUGAAAGCCCCCCAGCCUCAGCUCCAGCCCCAGACCACUACCCAGCUGCAACCCCAGCCUCAAGCCCAAAUCCGUGCACAGAUUCAGGUCCAGCCCUUUGGCCAAGUCCAGCAGAUACCCCACAUUCAGGCUCAAGCGCAUCUCCAGCCCAAAGCACAAGCCCAAAUCCACCCGCAGGUCCGAGUUCAGUUUCAGCAGCAAGCACCCCAAGCCCAAGUGCAGCCCCUCGCUCAAAUCCAACCUCAGGUGCAGUUUCAGACCCAAACCCAGAACUUUCCCCAGGUCCAGUACCACCCCCAGGUACAAGCUUCAUUUCAAACGCAGGCGCAAACCCCGACUCAACAACAGGUCCAACCUCAGCCCCAGGUACAGUCGCAGCCUCAGGUUCAGUCUCAGGCCCAAAACCAACUCCAUCACCAGGUUCAGGUCCAAUUCCAGCCACAGGGUCAGAUCCAGCCUCAGGCCCAGCAGCAAACGCAGCCCCAGUUUCAAAUCCAGUCACCGCAGCAGCUCCAGGUCCAGUUCCAGCCUCAAACCCAGAGUCAAGUUCAAACGCAGCCCCAACUUCAGGUCCAGUCUCCCAUCAGGCAUCAGCUCAUCACUGUCCCCGGCCUGCAGCAGCCAGUCCAGCUCCUCUCAGCUCUUCCACCCCAUGUCGCAGCUCAGAUCCAAGCUCAGAUCCAGGCACAGGCGCAGCAGCAGGGCGGCACGGUUCCACAGCAGAUCAAACUGCAGCUGCCUAUCCAGAUCCAGCAGGCGGGGGGGCAGAUUCAGGCCCACCAGAUCCAGAACAUGGUGACCAUACAGGCACCAGCAAGCGUCCAGGAGCAUCUUCAGAGGUUGCAGGUGCAACAGCAGCAGCAGCAACAACAACAACAACAACAACAGCAGCAGCAGCAACAACAACAACAGCCACCACCACCAAAGAAGAAGAAACACCAUGAGGCUAAAAGGGAACAGAAAGAGCAGAGUCUGCAGACUCUUAGCCCCGGAGACGGAAUCCAAAAACAGGUGGUAGUGAAGCAGAAUGCUGCAGCAGAGCAGCUGAAGCAGAGGAAGUCGCUGGCUGCGGCUGAGCGAGAGGAGAACCAGAGGAUGAUCGUGUGCAACCAGGUGAUGAAGUUCAUCCUUGACAAGAUUGAGAAGGACGAGAAGCAGGCAGCUAAGAAGAGAAAGAAGGAGGAGGUGGUGGAGCAGAAGCGCUUCAAGCAGAACGCCAGCAAGCUGACGGCGCUGCUGUACAAACACAAAGAGCAGCUGAAGGCCGAGAUCCUGAAGAAGAGGGCCCUGCUGGACAAGGAGCUGCAGCUGCAAGUACAGGAGGAGCUGAGGCGGGACCUGGCCCGGCUACAGAAGGAGAAGGAGAAAGCCCGAGCGGCCAUCACCCAAGCUGCUGCAGCCACAGUCAAGGCAGCGUCCUCCCACUCCUCCCAUCCUUCCCACUCCACACAUUCCCCUCACAGCAGCCACACAGUCACCUCGCCGCCCUCGUCCCACAAACGCAAGAGGGAAGAGGAGAGGGACAAAGACCGACCCAGAGAAAGGGACAGGCACCACGACAAGGACAAGAAACGGGACCGGGACAAAGACAAGGACAAGGACAGAGACCGGUGUAAAGACAGAGACAAAGACAAAGAUAAAGACAAGGACAAAGACAAGGACAAAGACAGAGACCGUGAUCGAGAGAAGGAGAAGGAGAAAAACAGAGAGCGGGACCGGGAGCGAGACAAGGACAGAGAAGGAGACAGAGAAAAGGAUCUUCCAGGAGAUCCCAGCUCAUCUAAACACAAGAAGAAGAAGAAGCCCUCCUCUACCUCAAAGGAUCACAAGAAGGACAACAAGCUGUACUGUGUCUGCAAGACGGCCUACGACGAGUCAAAGUUUUACAUCGGCUGCGACCUGUGCUCCAACUGGUUUCACGGCGCGUGUGUCGGCAUCACGGAGAAGGAGGCGAAGAAGCUGGAGGACUUUGUGUGUAACGACUGUAAACAAGGUCAGGAAGCCGAAAGCAACGAGGAGCUCUUCUGCAUCUGCCGGACGCCAUACGACGAAUCACAGUUUUACAUUGGCUGCGACCGCUGCCAGAACUGGUACCACGGGCGCUGCGUGGGCAUCCUGCAGAGCGAGGCCACGCACAUCGACGUGUACGUGUGUCCACAGUGUCAGUCGACAGAAGACGCCAUGACGGUCCUCACGCCGCUCACCGACAAAGACAGCGAGGGGUUGAAAAGAAUAUUACGCUCGUUACAGACUCACAAAAUGGCGUGGCCCUUCCUCGAACCAGUGGAUCCCCACGAUGCACCGGAUUAUUAUCGCGUGAUCAAGGAACCGAUGGACUUUUCCACAAUGGAAACCCGUUUGCAGAGGCGACAUUACCACAAGCUCACUGAGUUUGUGGCCGACGUGACCAAAAUCUUCGACAACUGCCGCUAUUACAAUCCCAACGACACGCCCUUCUUUCAAUGUGCCGAGGUGCUGGAAGCCUUCUUUGUACAGAAGCUUAAAGGAUUCAAAGCGAGCAGAUUGUCAGAUUCUUAAGUGGGCCAGUCUAGCUGGAGUCUGGACUGGAUGCUGGGGUUUCUUGUAAUAAUGACCUGGGAAACGCUCUUGUUUCCAGAAAAUCACAAAAACAAAAUCCAUUUAUUAGGAAAAACAAAAUCAACCAUCACAAUAACAACCACACACACUCAAACACCAAAUGUGCUUUCAUUCAAAUGUGACAAUAUCUGGUAAUCAUGACUUAUUUGCAGCCAUGUUGACAGUGUUAACCAUGUAAUUGAGGGACAUGCUUUCUUCCAAUCACAGUCACAAGGUUGUUUUCAGUGAGAUUUUAAUGCAUUUUAGUUCUUAACUUUGUAUUUAUUUUCAGUUACUCAUCUAAGUUGAACUGGACAUGUUGAGAAGGAAGAUGUCACCAGAAAUAUGGAUAUAACAAAGCUGCAUAUUUUAUUAUAGAGAUAUUUAUAUGAUAUUUUGUAUGUUAGAGUUUGAAGAAGCUGGUUGUCUUGAGUGUACCAACGUUUUAUCAUGUACAAUGGUUGUAAGAUAUCUGACUUUGAAUGUUUUAAAUGAUAUGGAAACUAAACAUUUUAGAAAGUAUUGUUUUAGAAGACCAGAGUUUGACUUCAUAACAUGACCUCAGUUCUUGUCCGUGAUAAAAGCAUUCCCUGUAAAUUACACCAACAUGGCUGCAGGAUCCUCCCUCCGAUCCUUUUCACAUUCUCUCCAUGUGUUCUUGAGCUGUCGUGACAGUGAAAGAAAUAAAAAUAAAAUGUGAAGGGCUUUCAACUCUCCCCUCUCUCCACAUCCCGUAGGUCUCAUAACAACAAACUACAGUCUUCGUCAGCCUCUUAGAAAGCGUCGCACAUUGCUCAAAACAAAAUGCACUUACCAAGAAUGUGGCUUUUCUGAACUGUAAGUCUGUGACGGACUCAGCCUCCCCCCCUCCCCCCCCCGGUGUUUGGGACGUGCUCCUCUGAGUGUCGGCGCAGCCAGCACUGCUGCUUCUCACAGAACCUUUUUCGGGCCGGAGCUGCCGUCGGCCCAUUUCAGCUCCAAGGGACCUUUUUUGUUUGGACCUUCAUCAGUGGGACUGUACUAAAGGAGCGUGAGCAACUGAGGCAUUUCAGAAGAAAGUUUACCUCGGAGAAAAGACUCUUAAGGAGCUCUCACAUUUCCAUGUACUUUGUUUUUUUUUAUCUCAAUCUUUUUAUUUCACUUUUUUUCUUGUUAAAAAAUCUCUCAGGCCAUCCUUGUGGUCAUCAUGUCGGAGACGUAGGAAGCUGAAACACUCACUGACCAGUGGCUGAGUUUUUACCGAGCAUCAUGUAUCGAGGGUUUUGUGUCACCGAGGAGAAACUCUCCCAUUUCCACUCGUCAUUUAGUCUGAGGUGGCAUGAGAGACAGUUGUACUAAAUAUCUGGACAUCAGUAGUUUGCUUGGUUAAACUCCUAUAACCUCCUGGACGUGUGGUAAUAAGCUGUUGUAAAUGACUUGCUCUGCAGUAGUGACUGACCGAUCGACUGAGAAGGAUGAAACCGUGUAUCUGAAGGUUCCUGCCCCGUUUGUAAAAAUUUGUCAGAUUUUUUUUGACUUGAUUUCUUUUUUUCCUUUUUUUUGUAUCACAGCUGAAGAAAUAUUGAUGUAUAUGGAACUUAAUAAAAAGCUAAAGACUG